AUGUUUUUACUCAUACUUAUCUGUUCUUUUAUUUUGAUAUUUUCGGCGUAUGAUCGCCUUAUAACCCAUUCGUCGACUGGGGCAUAUGAUACUAUCUAUCUAUCUAUCUAUCUAUCUAUCUAUCUAUCUAUCUAUCUAUCUAUCUAUCUAUAUAUAUAUAUAUAUAUAUAUAGAGAGAGAGAGAGAGAGAGAUUAAAAAUACAUUCACUCCAUUUGUUCAUUUCUAUCUAUCUAUCUAUCUAUCUAUCUAUCUAUCUAUCUAUCUAUCUUAGUCUAUUCAUUUCUUUCUUUCUCAGAAUGUUCAUAUCUAUCUAUCUAUCUAUCUAUCUAUCUAUCUAUCUAUCUGCCCUAAGAGCAUUUAACCAAAGCAUUCCAAUUUGCGUCUCUUCCAGUAAUUUUCUUUCUUUCUUUCUUUCUUUCUUUCUUUCUUUCUUCGUUUAUUUGCCGGUUACAUUCUGUUCUCCCGGCCACUUAGUGAUUAGACUAAUGGCGGUUCGUGCUAACGGCAAUUUGUCACUAUUUCUUUUUUCUUCUCUCUCCGACAUCUUCCUUUCUUCUUUAUUCUCACUUUUUCUAUUGCUUAGUCUCUUCUUAUUGUCGUUCUUUCUUAUCUUCUCUUUGCUUAGUUUCUUUCUUUUAAUUUUAUACUGUUCAUUCAUUCAUACGUUCUUUCUUUCUUUCUUUCUUUCUUUCUUCAUUAAUCAAUCUGUCUUUCUCGCUCUCUCACCAUGUUUUUGUUUUUCUCAUGCUCUUGCUUUCUUUCCAUUCUUUGUUCUCUUAUUUAUAUUUCUCUCUCUCUUUUUUACUCCGUUUUCUCACUUUUUGACGCAUCAUUAUGUUCAUUUUUAUUCUUCCAUUUCUCUCUCUCUCUCUCUCGAUCUCUCUCUCUCUCUCGAUCUCUCUCUCUCGAUCUCUCUCGAUCUCUCUUUCUCUCACCAAUAUUUUUGUUUUUCACUUAUUCUUUGUUCCUUUCUUUUUUUUCUUUCUAAUUUUUUCCUCUCUAUUUUUACAUUUCCCUUUCUCAUUUUACCCCGUUUUCUCAUUUUCUGUUGCAUCUUUAUAUUCAUUUUUAUUCUGUUUCUCUUCUUACUUUCUUUAUUUCUUUCUUUCUAUCUUUCUUUUAUUUGCUUUCUCUUUCUUUUCAUCGAAUUCAACACUUUGUCGGUAUUUCUCUUUUCUUCAUCACUCUCCGACAUCUUCGCUUAUAAGAAUAAGAAAAAGGUGUCUUUUGAAUUUCUGUCUGUCUGUCUUUCUUUCUUUAUUUCUUUCUAUCUUUCUUUCUUUCUUUCUUUCUUUCUUUUCUGUUUAUUCCAUCUCUCUUUCAUCUUUUCGCUAACUUUUUUCCAUUCUUUCUUUUCUUUUUUCUCUCUUUCUGGAAUCUUUUUAUUCUUACUCCAUUUAUCUAUAGACCUCUUUAUUCGACCAAAUUUUUCUCUCCUCUUCAUUUCCCAAUUUCUUUCUUUUUCCUUUUCCUUUACCUUUUUUUCCUAUCUAUCUAUCUAUCUAUCUAUCUAUCUAUCUAUCUAUCUAUCUAUCUAUCUAUCUAUCUAUCUAUCUAUCUAUCUAUCAGUAUUCUUUCUUUAUUUUCUCUACUCGCGUUCUCCAUUUUCUUUUUUCCUUCUCUUUUCCACUCAGUUUCUGUCGUUCUCUCCCUCUCUCUCCCUAUCUAUCUAUCUAUCUAUCUAUCUAUCUAUCUAUCUAUCUAUCUAUCUGCAUUCUUUCAUCUUUUUAUUUAUUUUCUCUAUUCACGUUCUCCAUUUUCUUUUUCUCUUUUCCUCUCAUUUCCCCUCACUCUCUCACUGUUUCUCUUUCUCCCCCUCUCUCUAUCUAUCUGUCAGCAUUCUUCCACCUCUUUCUUUAUUUUCUCGACUCGCGUUUUCCAUUUUAUUUUCCCUCGUCUCUUUUCCACACAAACUAUUUUCUAUCUACCUCUCCCUCUCCCCCUCUCUCUAUCUAUCAGUAUUUUUCCCCUUGUUCCUAUAUUUUCUCUUUUCGAGUUCUCUGUUUCUUUUCACCUACUUCCUCCCUACUUUUUCCCUUUUUCCAUCCCUACAUCUUUUUUUUUUAUCUUUUCAAACCGCUCCCCAUUGUCUCCAUCUCGACAGGUAA